AUGCCUCGUCACAAUAAGUUACAAUUGGAAAUUUUGUCUUUGUACAGACAAUUUUUAAGAGUGGUCUCUGAUAGGCCUGGAACUUCGGAAUAUGUAAAAUCCGAAUUUAGAAAAAACUCCUACAUACCGAAAAAGAAUAUUCUGCAAAUAGAACAAAUUGUUCGCAGGGCUCAGCGGCAGUUGGAGUCAUUAAAAAAGCCUACCACAAAAGGAAUAGGCGUGUUCCAAAGGGAUGAUCAUGAUGAACAAAAAUGA